GGCGGUGUGGUGGCAGAAGGCAGCGUCAGCUGUGGCGUGGAGGGACUGACACAGAUCCACUAGUAAUCGCCGCCGUCCCCUCUGCCAUGGUCUGCUCGUCGAAAGGUUUCCUGCCCUCUACAGGAAGAGAAACUUUUGACGCGUAAGCCACAAAUCAUGGUGCUGGACGCCACGACCCCGCUGGUGUAAGCGACACUGCGGAGGAGAAAGUAUCGACCUCACACAAGCCACAAAGCAGAAGCAGCUGCUUCGCCGUAUUUCUUUUUUCACGCUCGCAGGGAACGACGGCAUCCGGCCUGAGAAAAAGACGCUCCGAGGUCGGGGACUCCGGUCGGAGCAGCCUGCGUCGCUUCUGGCCUCCCCUUCCUGAGAGCUCCAUGGAGAAGAUGAAGCGGUUCAAGCGACGUCUCAGUCAGACGCUACGAGGCAGCCACACCAUCGACGAGUCUCUGUCCGAGCUGGCUGAGCAGAUCACGAUAGACGAGAAGGACAGCGAGCCCAUGGUGAGGAACGGCCGUCCUUCUUCGGCCCACAGUGUCCACUCGUACCUUCACCAGUGCACAGGCUCCUUUAAGAAGCCGCCAAUGAGACGGCCGCAGAGCGUCAUCGGAGGAGGGCUGGGUUUGGUCAUGCCUCGCAACGGCAGCCGCCUCGAUAUUGUCCAUGAGAACAUAAACAUGGGGUCAGACGGGGAGAGCGAUCAGGCGUCGGGGACGUCCUCCGACGAGGUGCAGUCGCCCACGGGAGUCUGUCUGAGGAACAAAGGGAACAGACGCAUCUCUGCUGAGGACUUGAACAAACGUCUGUCCCUACCUGCCGACAUCCGGAUACCCGACGGCUACCUGCAGAAGCUGCAGUUGAGCAGCCCGGCCUUCGAUCUGCCGCUGAGCCGACGCUCCCGCAGAGCAUCGCUGUCAGAAAUCGGGUUCGGGAAGCUGGAGACGUACAUCAAACUGGACAAACUGGGGGAGGGAACGUAUGCAACGGUUUUCAAGGGGAGGAGCAAGCUGACGGACAACCUGGUGGCGCUGAAGGAGAUCAGACUGGAGCACGAGGAGGGGGCCCCGUGCACGGCUAUCAGAGAAGUGUCUCUACUGAAGGACCUGAAACACGCCAACAUCGUCACUUUGCACGACAUCGUCCACACGGACAAGUCGCUCACCCUGGUCUUCGAAUACCUGGACAAAGACCUUAAGCAGUACAUGGACGACUGCGGGAACAUCCUGAGCAUGCAGAACGUUAAGAUUUUUUUGUACCAGAUCCUGAGAGGGUUGGCUUACUGUCACAGACGGAAAGUUCUCCACAGAGACCUGAAGCCCCAGAAUCUGCUCAUCAACGACAGAGGAGAGCUCAAACUGGCCGACUUCGGCCUGGCGAGGGCCAAGUCCGUGCCCACUAAGACGUACUCCAACGAGGUGGUGACGCUUUGGUAUCGGCCUCCGGACGUUCUGCUGGGCUCCUCUGAAUACUCCACGCAGAUAGACAUGUGGGGAGUGGGCUGCAUAUUCUACGAGAUGGCUGCCGGCAGGCCCCUGUUCCCCGGUUCCACAGUGGAGGACGAGCUGCAUCUCAUCUUCAGACUGUUAGGCACUCCUACUGAAGACAGCUGGCCUGGAAUAUCCUCCAUUGAUGAGUUCAGGUCCUACAAGUUCUCCAAGUACAAGCCACAGCCGCUAAUCAAUCAUGCUCCCAGGCUGGAUAACGAUGGAAUCGACCUGCUGUCUUCAUUCCUAAAAUACGAAUCCAAAAAGAGGAUCUCUGCUGAUGAAGCAAUGAGGCAGCCGUACUUCAGGACCCUGGGGCCACGCGUGCACACGCUGCCAGAGAACAUGUCCAUAUUCACACUGAAGGAGGUGCAGCUGCAGCGAGACCCCGGCUACCGGAGCUCCUCGCAUGCAGAAUCAGGCAAUGGGAAGAACAGAAGACAAAGCAUGCUGUUUUAAAAACUCCAGACCGGACUGUGGGUUUACUUUUUUUUUGUUUUGUUUUUUGAUGAGAAGGACCUCCUUGAAGACAGAUCAGUUCAAGAUGGAUGGAUGGAUGAAUGAAUGUGUUUUAAUCAUCUUCAUCACUCCUCUUCCUUCCUCCCCUCAAAAUACUUUGAAAAGCUGCCUGUCCACAGUACGACUCCUCCCCACCCCCAUCCCUCCAUCCUUCUCCCAGGUUCAGCCAAGCCUGGCUCCAAUAAGAGACGUUAUUUACUGUACAUUUAUAUUUAUUGAAUUUGCUGCUAAGUCAAACUACUGUUUAGAAUUUAACUGGCUCAGUCACUUUAAUGAAUACAUGCCAUUUGUAUAGAUUUUUAACUUUUUUUCUUUUUUGAGCUUUGAAGUGAUAUAUUUUUGAAUUUUAGUUUUAUUUUUUUUUUAGUUUUAUUUUUCAUUUUUUUUGCUCACUGUUAACAUGUUCACUCCCACCUUGAAAGCUCCUUGUUGUGCUGUCCUGCAGACAGCAAUGUUUCUGUAGCAACUCGGAGGAAGGUCAAAUGUUCUGUCUGUUAUCAACGGUGCUGCAUAAAUCAUCGGUGACCACUUGCUCUGAAGGCUUUCAAAGCCAGGUCUCGUAUGACAAGUGAUGACUUUCGUCCCGACGGGAAGACGAUACCCGAGCUGCAAAGUGCAGGUUGCGUCCCAGGAUGCUCUCGCUCAUGACCAAUGAGACAAAAGUAGGGAUAAAGAAAAUGCUAACGGGCAUUGCUGGAAGAAAUCCUCGUUGAAACACCUCAAUGUUUUUACUUUAUUCUGGGGGACAUGUAAUUUUUUUUUUUCUUUCUCAGCUCCAUCUAUAUGUUGCAUGCCACAGCUAGUGAACUCCUGAAACAGGAAGAUACCAUCUCUAGUUCUGCCUCCCCCUCAGUCUCAUCGUUCGUCUGCCAGUGUUACAACAGAUGUUUUGUAUAAUAUUCUUUAACUUUAUUUGUGAAUAAUGAAUAACAAGUGUGGGAUUUUGUUGGAGAUGAUUCCCAUUUUUGAGUUUUUUUUUUUUCCAGAGUAAAACAAAUUAAAUUUAAAGUUUAAACAAA